AUGUCUAUUCAGUGUUUGUUCACCGGGAGUGCCGGAGGCCAGGAUGGUGCCCGGAAGGGCAACCUCUCUGGCGGCAUCAUAGCCGGCAUCGUCCUCGGCGCUCUCAGCGUGCUUCUCCUCAUAACAGGAGCCUACAUUUUCCUCCGCCGGCGAAAGCAGCACAACCAGCCUCAAUCGCCCUCCGAAAAACCCAUUGGUGGCCGCCACGAGCUCAGCGCCGAGAGCAGUGACCCCUCGAAGCACUUAUCAGAAGCCGAGGCCGUCGGGACAAUGGUUAAUGAGAUGCAUGUGCCGCCGCACGAAGCGGGUGGCGCGGCUGUACACGAGUUGGCGGCUGAGGAGCCGGCGGUGGAGGUAGGAGUGGGUGAUGGAGAUGCUGGGAGCGGAGGGCGGGCAAGUGUGGAGGAUAGGCGGGUCUGA